AACCGCUUUGGAUACAUCAUUAACAAAAGUAUUAGAAUUUUUAACUGAAGCAAAAAAUUUAAAGCAAACUGGAAACGAAUUGUUUCAAACAGGAGAUCUCCGAAGGACCACAUGUUUAAAUUGUGCAGCUUGUUAUAUUAAACUGAAUAAAAGUGAAGAAGCAUUAGGUUAUGUAGAACCGAUUUUACAAGAAAAUCCAAAUCAUUCAAAAGCACUAUUUCGACGUGGACAAGCACUUCUAAUGCUUAAUAUGUUCGAAUUCGCUAAAGCAGAUUUGGAAAAGGUUCAACAACAAGUGCCGAAUGAUGAAAGUGUUAAAACAGACCUACAGAAACUAAAGAAGAAAUAUAAUGUGAUGCUUCAGUUAGCUUUAACUGAUUAUGCAAAAGUUAAAAAAACUUUGAGCUGA